GAGGAACAUGCAGCUGAUGUCUCUGAUACCCAUGGCUAGAUUGAGUCCAAUAAACCAAGCAACUAAGCCCAACUCUUACUAGACAGAGGCCAAACACAUGAAGGCAGAGAAGAAUGUAGGAGAGGGUGGAAACUACAACCUGAGGGACCAGAUGGACCAUAGGAUGUCCCAGGCUGCUGCUGAAUCAUGUAAACACACUCCUUGCAGCAUGGCAGGUCAUUUCAUCCCUUCCCAAGAAUGGUUGGGCCGGCAUGUGAACCUGAUUGUGAAAUGGACAAAAGGAAUGCUGGCAGACUCCCAAGCAUCUUCCACUUCCUGCCAAGCCUCACUGAUGGGAGUAUUUAAAUCCCAGAUGGCCCAGCUAAUGGCACUUAGUCCCAGCUCUUGGACAGCAUAAUGAAGUCAUCGGGCGCCCUCAUCCUCAUGGGGCUCCUCGCCCUUUGGAUGGAACCGCUGGCCGCUUCUCAGCAAAAGCAAGUUACAGUCAAACCUGGGACCUGCCCACCAGAUAACAUAAGAUGCAUCCGGGCAGAACCUGACGAGUGUGCGAGGGAUUGCGACUGCGAAGGAGAUCAGAAGUGCUGUCAUUCCUCUUGUGCCAUGCGCUGCGUGGACCCCGUAGAAGUGAAACCUGGGACCUGCCCUCCAGAUAACAUGAGAUGCCUUGUUGAAGAACCCAGUGAGUGUGACAGUGAUUCCGACUGUGACGGGGAAAAGAAGUGCUGUCACGCCCGUUGUGCCAUGCGCUGCGUGGACCCAGCAGAAGUUACAGUGAAACCUGGGACCUGCCCAGAAGAUUGUUUGAUAUGCACUGAGGCGGAACUUGACCAGUGCGAGAAGGAUGCUGACUGCGAAGGGGAACAGAAAUGCUGUCACUCCAAUUGUGCCAUGCGCUGUGUAGACCCAGAAGAAGUUACAGUGAAACCUGGGACCUGCCCACCAAAUUACACCGUCUGUGUCCAGCCAGAACCUGAUGAGUGUGCGAGGGAUUCUGACUGCGAAGGGGAACAGAAGUGCUGUUAUAACACUUGUGCCAUGCGCUGCAUGGACCCAGUGAAAGUGUAACUUCCUGCCGAAUGAACAGGCCGAGGGCACCGCUAGAGCAGUGCUGACCCCGAUACCUGAGUCCUGGGCUAUCCAGAUCCCUGCAGGCUGCAUUACAGAAUCACAGAGAUGGAAGAGACCUCAGGAGGUCAUCACGUCCAGCUCCCUGCCCAAGGCAACUAAAUCAACCCAGCCAGGGCUUUGUCAAGCAAGACUUAAAAACCUCUAGGGAUGGAGAUUCCACCACCUCCCUACGGAACCCAUUCCAGUGCUUCACCACCCUCCUAGUGAAAUAGUUUUUCCUAAUAUCCAACGUAGACCUCCCCCACUGUAUCCCAAGGCUCUCAUCCAGCCUCUCACAUGGUUACAAAUAAACACAUUUACACCUCAGCUUUGCCACUGGCCAGUCCUGAGCCUCAUUGUCUCACCUUCAUCUCUCUGUUGAGCAAUCUACCCAGUCAUUAUAGCCAUGGGUCCAAAUGUUCUUGUUACUGCUAUUGAAACAGUUCCUGAUGGUAUCUGUAGGCAGGUCUUGUAAGGGGUAUGAGGUGGGAGUGUUGCCUGGGAUCUAAACAGUCCACCUCAAAACAUCUUUUAGUAUCAAGGUACAUAGGGCCCUACUCAUAAUCCAGGAGCCACCGAACAAAAGGCCCAUUAAAUGAGAGCAGGAUCAUUUGUGACGUAUCUCUAGAAAUGAAUGCAAAAUGAGACAGACCAACACACAUGGGCUGUGGCUAGACUGGCCAGUUUUUCCGGAAAAUCAGCCGCUUUUCCGGAAAAACUUGCCAGCUGUCUACAUUGGCCGCUUGA